AGACUCUCUCGGAGCAGGCUAUGGCGUCAGGCGGCGGCGGUAGACAGACCCCAGGCAGCCCGCGGGUGCUGGUGGUGGGCGGCGGCAUCGCGGGGCUGGGCGCCGCGCAGAGGCUGUGCCAUUACUCUGCCCCCCCGCACCUGCGCGUCGUGGAGGCCACGGCCCGCGCCGGGGGCCGCAUCCGCUCGGAGCGUGGCUUCGGUGGUGUGGUGGAGGUGGGAGCACAUUGGAUCCAUGGGCCUUCCCAGGGCAACCCUGUCUUCCAGCUGGCUGCUGCGUUCGGGCUCCUGGGGGAGAAGGAGUUGUCGGAAGAGAACCAGUUGGUGGAUACAGGAGGCCAUUUAGACCUGCCCUCCAUGUGCUGUACCAGUUCCGGGACAAGGGUUAGCCCUGAACUGGUGGCAGAGAUGGCCAGUCUGUUUUAUGGGCUGAUAGACCAGACCCGAGAGUUCCUGCAUGUGGCUAAGACCCCAGUGCCCAGUGUCGGGGAGUACCUCAAGAAGGAGAUUGGACAGCAGGUGGCCCACUGGACAGAGGACAAGGAGACCAAGAAGCUCAAGCUGGCCAUCCUGAACAACUUCUUCAAUAUGGAGUGCUGCAUAAGUGGCACCCAUAGCAUGGACCUGGUAGCUCUUGCACCCUUCGGGGAGUACACUGUGCUGCCAGGGCUGGACUGCACCUUUUCUGGGGGCUACCAGGGACUCACAAACAACAUAAUGGCCUCCUUGCCAAAGGACGUGAUGGUUUUUAACAAGCCUGUGAAGACUAUUCACUGGAAUGGGUCCUUCCAGGAGGCAGCGUUUCCCGGGGAGACCUUUCCUGUGUUGGUGGAGUGCGAUGAUGGUGGCCGCUUCCCAGCCCAUCACGUCAUCAUCACUGUGCCCUUAGGUUUUCUGAAAGAACAUCAGGACACCUUCUUUGAACCGCCGCUGCCUGCUGAGAAGGUGGAAGCAAUCAGGAAAAUAGGCUUUGGGACCAACAACAAAGUCUUCCUAGAGUUUGAAGAACCCUUCUGGGAGCCAGACUGCCAGUUCAUUCGGGUGGUGUGGGAGGACACGUCGCCACUGCAGGACACUACCUCUGGGCUGCAGGACACCUGGUUUAAGAAGCUCAUUGGGUUUUUGGUCCUACCUUUUUCCAAGUCUGUGCACGUGCUCUGUGGAUUCAUUGCUGGGCUGGAGUCUGAGUUCAUGGAGACACUGUCCGAUGAAGAAGUACUUCAGUCUUUAACCCAAGUGCUCCGGAGAGUGACAGGAAACCCACAACUACCUGCACCCAAGAGUGUGCUGAGGUCUUGCUGGCAUAGCACCCCCUAUACUCGGGGUUCCUACAGCUAUGUGGCCGUGGGCAGCACUGGAGAUGACAUGGACCUACUGGCCCAGCCCCUCCCUGCAGAUGGCACUGGCCCCCAGCUCCAGGUACUGUUUGCAGGGGAAGCCACUCAUCGGACAUUUUACUCCACAACGCACGGGGCCCUGCUGUCUGGCUGGAGGGAGGCUGACCGCCUCAUGGGUCUGUGGGACCUGAAGAUGCAGCAGUCCUGGCCCAGGCUCUGAGCUGGGCUCCCACUGGCUCUGCUCCUCCUGUAUGAAAGGCUGGGAUACUCCUCUUCUCUGACAGAUAAUUUUCAGUCUGACUUGAGAUUUUGGGAUUUCACUGAUAAGUCUGUUUUGGGUAACUGGGUCAUCUCAUUUCUCACAUCUAUCGCUGGAGUCUGGCUAGGACUGAGGUUGGGCUGAGUGUGACAGGAAUGGGAUACUGCUGUUAAUGGUGAUGCUUUGCAUAUAAAGCAGUUAACAACA